CGAAUAAGCAAAAUUUUUUUCAAUUUAUAGAUUACAAAGAAUAAUGGUGCGUGUUGGUUUACAAAUCUCAGCAACUUUGGAGAAUAUCGAUAGCUUGGAAACCAAUCAUCCAGAUUACGCAUUCUUUGUGAAAAUCAAAUGCACCAAUUGUGGUGAAACGUCUGACAAAUGGCACGAUAUAACAGAGUCGGAGCGUUUGCAAGGUGGCGCUGACACACGUAAUCCAGAGGGAGUUAAUUUUUAUAUGAAAUGCAAAAUGUGUGGGCGAGAGAAUAGUAUUGAUGUGGUGGAGAAAACGAACGCUUCCUACACACAAGAAGAUGCAGGCAAAUUUAAAACCAUUGUUGUCUUCGAUUGCCGUGGAGUUGAACCGGUUGAAUUCUCACCACGCAGCGGCUGGAUAGUACGUUCGGCUGAGAAUGGACAAACAUUUGAAGAUGUUGAUUUGUCCGAAGAUGAUUGGGUUGAAUAUGAUCAGAAGAAUAAAGAAUCUGUUGGAGUAUAUGAAUUCGCUUCGCAAUUUGUAAAAUUGAAGAAAUAAUUUUCCGUCGGUAAUUAUACAGACAAAAGCAGUUUGAAACACACUUUCAAAUAUAUUCUAAUAAAAUACAUUUGAUAUUGUAUUUAUUUAAGUUAUUUUUAAAAAGUUUAAAAAUUUAGUU